AUGCGAAAGAAGAAAAGUGAAGAAAAAGUAGAUGGGGAAUGGGUUGAAGAAGAAGAAGAGCCAGUCAAAAUGGCGAUCAACGAUCCACCUCAGCAGAUAACGGUCCAGCUGGUGGAGGAGAUUGCUGAGAAUCUGAAAAGGAAGGCCAUGAAUGCAUCCAACAACUUUACUCAUUCUCUUAAGAAAAAAGGGAACAAGAAAACAGAUUACAGGUUGCCUUCUGUAUGCAUCGAGGAUGUUAGGGAUGCAAAAGAGGAGAGUUCUGUCAUUGAAUUACAUCAAAAACUUGUUCACAAGGAGUUAUUGCCUCCUAGCCAUGAUGAUUAUCAUACUUUGUUAAGAUUCUUGAAAGCUAGAGAGUUUAACAUUGGAAAAACAAUCCAGAUGUGGGAAGAAAUGCUUAAAUGGAGGAAGGAGUUUGGAACAGACACCAUUUUGGAGGAUUUCGAGUUUGAAGAGCUGGAAGAGGUAUUGCAAUUCUACCCCCAAGGGUACCAUGGAGUCGACAAGGAAGGUAGACCUGUUUACAUUGAGCGGCUAGGAAAAGCCCAUCCAAGUAGGCUUAUGCGUAUCACCACCAUCGACCGGUAUAUGAAGUACCAUGUGCAAGAGUUUGAGAGACUUCUCUCGGAGAAGUUCCCUGCUUGUUCAGUUGCAGCAAAGCAACAAAUCUGUUCAACAACUACUAUAUUGGAUGUCCAAGGAUUGGGCGUGAAGAAUUUUAGCGGGUCUGCGGCAAGUCUUUUGGCUGCCAUGACUAAAAUAGAUAACAGUUAUUAUCCUGAGACGUUACACAGGAUGUACAUAGUCAAUGCUGGUCCUGGAUUCAAAAGGAUGCUUUGGCCUGCUGCUCAGAAGUUUCUUGAUGCAAAGACAAUUGGAAAGAUAAAUGUUUUGGAGCCCAAAUCUCUGGGUAGGCUACUGGACACCAUUGACCAUAGUCAGUUGCCUGACUUCUUAGGAGGGUCGUGCACUUGCUCUAUCGGUGGAGGGUGCCUUAGAUCUAAUAAAGGUCCAUGGAAUGAUCCUAAGAUAAUGAAGCUCAUAUAUAAUGCGGAUGCAACAUUUGUGAGGCAAAUCACCAGAGUAUCUGAUGACCAGCAUAAAUAUGAGUCUUACAUUCAGAUACGUCCGACAACGGCAAGGACUAGUGACACAUCAACAACACAGCCAGAAUCAGAUUUUGAUGUGCAAUGUUCUCCAUAUCAAAGCAGCUCUGCAUAUCCUAGUGCUUACUAUUGUUGUGAAGAUAGCUUACCUCUUGUAGAGAAAACUAUAGAAAUUGAACAAGGACUGCUGUUUUCUCCAUAUUCAUCGCCUACUAGUAUUGUCGAUAGUCAAUCUCAUCAACGAGCAUCUUCUUUUUACAUCAAAGGAACUUCAGUUGCCCUAUUGUUUGAAACUGUCAAGGGAAAGGUUGGGAGAAGGAAUAUUCAGUCCAUGGCCAAAAUGCUGAUAGCUUUAUUAGUCAGACUAGCUGCAUUUGUUCGUACUAUUAGGUUUGGAUUUUGGAGAAUGCCAAACAAUAUUCAUCGUUUGAGUAUGAUGGAAUCCAACAUCAAGAGCCAUUCGAAUUCAACAGCACCGCAGGUUGUGAAUGAAGAAGUUCAUGCCUUUGCAUGUAUACAGCGCCUUCAGAAACUAGAGAAAGCAUUUGUGGAACUUAGCAACCAGCCUGCAGGAAUUCCGGUAGAAAAGGAGAAAAUGUUUAUGGAGUCUCUGGACCGGAUCAAAUCUAUCGAGCUUGACCUUCAUAAAACCAAGCAAGUUCUACAUGCUACAUUAAUGAAGCAACUUGAGAUUGCAGAGUUGAUAGAAAACAUGCACAAGUCCAAAUGUCGCGUAAGUUCCAUUCUAUGUAAAAUAGUAUAUCCCAAAGUGUUGAAAUCUUGA